ACCACAGACCUAACACAAGUUUGAAAUCUGAAGCAUCUAUCCCACCAAAAACAAUGGAACAAGCUGAAUCUUUUUGCUCGCGCACGAACCCAAGGGAACAGCUAUACGAGGACUGCAUCCAAUCACAGAUGCCCAUGCGACAAACCUCCAUAGAAGUGGAAGGCCGCAUAGCAGGGGACAAGGCACCUAUCAACCAGCUUUGGACUGAGACCUCGACCGCAGCCCUGCAAGAGCUGGAAGAAGCAAUCAACAGCAUGCGUGACGGCAUUGCAACCAUCCGGUCAUGGUGUGACAGGAUGAGUGGGAAACUGGAUGAGGUUGAAGGGAAGCUGGCCCAAAACAAGAAACGGAAAUCCAUUUGGCUGCAGGAAGAUUCGCCAAAUACUGACCAAGUUGUUAAUCUCACUGAGACAAGUGGAGAAGAUGUGCUGGCCACGCUAAAAUCAGCAAAGGGGGAGGACAAGGCACACCAAAGGGAGAGGUAACACCGAAAAAACAAAACAUUCCUUAA